UUUCAGAUUGUCAUAAUUUCAAGAGUGUUAUCUUUUCUUCUGGUGUUCUUUUUCAAUGCGUUGAUGUGGACACUGUUUGUUAAGUCUCUAAGAGGCUCCUCAUCUUCAGCAACAGCAACAGUGAUAAAUACAGGCUCAAAUUUUAUCUGCACUGUAAGUACUGCAAUCUUACAUGUUAUGUUAUUUGGAAAACCAUUAUUAAUGAUAUAAAUCAGGAGGAAUCCAGCCAUCAGAAUUUAGACAGGGAUAGCUGGUUUGUAAUUUUAUGCAUGAAUCCUUUAUGUAAAGGACAGUUUAAUAAGGACAGAGUAGCGGUUAACUUUAACUGCCCAAGAAGAAAGACAGAAUUUUUUGAAAAGCCAGCCAAGAAAUAAAAAAGAACAGGAAGUGGCUAUUCAGAUUGAAAUUUAUUAAUGAAGUGAAUAUCAUUUUUAUUUCUUAUAUAUGAUAAUAUACUCCUUCAAUUUAUGAAACAAAAGCAUCUGCUUAAUUUAUUAACUCCCAAAAUGUUUGUAAGUUCCAUUAUCUUUCACAAUGUUUCAGAACUUCUGUUGUGGUACCUCUAAAGAGCUUUGUAAAGUAUUACUUCUAAAAUAAAUAUUGGUGGUAUAUUUAAUCAUUACAUGUACUCAACUGAAUCUGUUCUAUCGUAGAGGAGAAUUUUCAGUACCGGCAAAUUUUCAAUUUCACUCACGUUUUGUCCAAAUCCUAAUAAUUUAGGAUUAAAUUAUUAGGAUUUGGACAAAAUGUAAAUAAAAUUCUUCCUAAUUUCUCGAGUAUACCAUUUGAUUACCUAUUUCAGUAUAUCAUGGGUGACGAAUUACAUUCCAAAUCAUGGAUUUUUGACAAGUUUAUCCUGGUUUUAUCAUAUUUGGCGAUUGAGAACUUCAUGCUGUCAAAAGAUUAGAGCUUAAAUUUAACCUGAGUUCAGAAUUUACUUAAUUUUUUGACGAAAUACCUGUUAGAAUCCUUCAUGAUAUGCUCUUUCGCAUGUUUAGGUUUUCUUAAGUGUCUUUUAAUGCCAUGACAUCUUCAUUUAUAAAAUUAAACUUUGGCGACAUCUUGGCACCGUAACGAGACCUACGGAAGGUUGCCGUGGCAGUUUUGUACCUUCACAUGUGGAAUUGUGAAUUAACGCUGAAAUUUCAUGCCAAAAUUAAAGAAUUAAUUCGUCACCCAUGAUAUUAGGCUAUAAAUUAUCUAGUCAGCGGGACAUUAGGGCCAUUUAUACAAGGAAAAAUAAGACGCGUCUUACAUAGGACGCGUCUUAAAUAAGAAGCGAACUUCCCGUAUAAACGGCACAUUUCGUCUAAAAUAAGACGCGACUUAGCUAAGACGCGUCUUAUUUUAGAACAGCCCUUAACACCUGUUCUUAGAUAAGAGGCGUCUUAGCUAAGACGAGAAAAACUUCGUACAAAUGACCUUCGCUUCUUACAUAAGACGCUAACGCAUAGUAUGCAUGCGUUAAUUUUUGGCGCGCCACGUUGGAUUGUCGUUGCUACGGGCAACAUUCACAUGAAAACAAGUCAAGAACAGAAAUAAGACGCGAACCAUUUAUAUUAUACGAGCUCUUCUCGUCUUAGAUAAGACAUGCUUGUAUAAAUGGUACAGUUCGCGUCUUAUGUAAGACGCGUCCUAUUUUUUCCUCGUAUAAAUGGCCCUAUUGACUUAUGAUCAGCUGCUAUUUGCAGAUGUUUCUGAACAUAUCUAAGAUGUAAGUGAUGUGAAAUGAAGGGUCACAUCAUUUACUUUCAUGUGGUAAUUGCACUCUGGCAGUGUUGCUUUCUAUCUUGAAAGAUCAUAAAAUAGUUCCAAUCUGUUGUUUAAACUUAAGUCAUAUAAGAGCAGAGUUGCUAAAGGUGGAUUAUCUCUUGCAGGCCCUGUUGGGUUGUUUGCUGUUUGGUGAGGCCUUGACCAUGAGAUGGUGGUUAGGCACAUCUCUGAUCCUAACAGGCUUGAUUCUGAUUCACUAUAACAGUGUACCGGUAACGAAAGAACAUCGAGAUGUCAAGAAAGAGUAA